CGCCGAUUGGCCGAGGCCGUCGGCGCGAGCGGCAAGUCGGGGCUGGCCAAGGACGCGGAGCGGGUGGACGGCCGAGAGAGAUCCGAAAGUUGUCGGCCGAAGCUCAGCAUCCCCGUGCUCCUCCGAGUCGGUCUCAGCGAACGCGCGCUGGUCCACGGCGAGUGGUCGUUCCGUCCGACCUAACCUAAGAGCGAGCGGAGGUCAGCCCAGCCGAGCAGAGUCGAGUCGAGCGGGCGACAUGCCCGCGAACAGGGCGAAUCUCUCCGUGGCGCUCAAGCCGGCCAAUGGCUUCGCCGCGGGCUCCGCCAAGAAGAAGAAGCAACGCACCUGCGCUAAGAAUAAGAGACAUUGCCGGCAGUACCUGCAGCUCCAUUCGGAAUACAGGAGCACGUACACAUGGCACGAGUACACGGGGCCGCACCAGGAACACACCGUCGUGCGUCGGGCGCCCCAGCCGCCGCCGACGUCCACGAAGCAAGCGAGCGCGAAGCUGCAAUCGGCCAAGUCCACCGAGGAUGAGAACAGCGAAGGACCCACCUUGGAGCCGCCAUUGCCAAGACGAAAGAAAUGUCCGGAGCUUGCCUACAAGACCCACGAAUUCAUCACUGCAGCUGACGGUAGUGGAAUCGAUGCGGUCGAUUCGAACGUUGUAGCUGACAAUGCAAAGGAGAUCACGGCAACGUCGGCACUGCCACCUAGUCAGCUGAGCAAGGCGAUUUCGCGUAUCAGUACGGAAUACCGUCUGCAAUUCGCUUGGCCAAAGAGACCCCAGCUGACCAACGGCGAGGCCGUUCCCGUUGCUCCUGCAGGAGGCCCGGGAGGAACCGCGGGACCCCCCAGGAAAUCCCUCAGCAUGGGAGCUCUCAAGCAGGGAAUGGCCCCCUCGGGACCAGCGCCGGUCCACAAGAAACGACCCGGCGACGUGGACCACAAGCGAGACGGUGUUCAAGCAUCGGAAUUGGAGCCGCUGGUUGGAGGAACCGGGACGGACACCAUGGAUGGAGUCGUCCUGGAAGGUGACGAGCGCGAAGAGGACUUGGAUCUGAAAGUAGCCUUUAGGUCGGUGACGAAGGAGGAGAAAGAAAAGGAGAAUACGAGGAAGGUAGCACCAGUGCCUUCGGCGUCGAUGCCCCCCGCAGGUCGGCCAUCCUCGGUCCAAGCCAGACCGAUUCAUACGAUGACCCAGGAGGAAGUUAAAGCGGAUACCGAUAGAGCCAUAGCUCGCGCAAGAAAGGAUUUCUUGAUCCGCCAUCACUUGGAUCGCACUACAGGAGUCGCAGGCGACGGGGCGCUGCUCCCCUCUCCUACGAGAGAGAAGUUGGAGCCAGUCAUCCCUCGUAAACGAGAAGAGAGCAAGGAAUCUCGAGAGGACUCUCAGCCGCGAACUAAGUCCAGUCCGAAAAAUAGUCCUCGAACGGGACGUUCUCAGAGUCUGGGACCCAGCGUGGCGGAGCGCAGAUCUCCGAAACGACAGCCCGUGCGCGCCCCGUCCGUCACCAAAGAUGCGAAGGACAAGGACAAAGAGCCGAAGGACAAGGAGAAGGAAUCCAGGGAGAAGAGCGCCGAGCCCGAGAGGCAUCCUCGGCCGAUCGCGGCUAGCCGUGUCCGGUGGAGCAUAAGAGAACAGUCCUCGGUAUGUCGGACGAAUUCGGCGCCGAGCGAGCCGCCGAUCCCGCCGUUACCGCCGCCGCCCUCGGGCCCGGGGCCGACUCCGCUCCACCAGAGGCCCUCGCAAGCGCAUGCGCCCGCGCAACCGCAAGCCCACCGGAAAUUGACGGCGGAGCCGCAGAUAAACGGAGACACGACGGGUGGCGACUCGAGCGUGGCGUCGACUCCGCCGUCGCAGACGGCGACGGCGAUCCCAGGGUCAACGGGCGUCGCCACGGCCGCCAGUCCUUGGGUGGACGACGAGCCCGUGGUGAAGAGUCCUCCGGAACCGACGCGCGUCAAGUCGCCGGAGCAGAUGAUCAUGCGCUCCCCGGAGCCCGUCAACUGGACCGUCCCGCUGGACACCGGAAAGACGUUCACCGUCACUCAGAACGUCAGGGAGGAACCUCUGACGCGACCGCAUAGCGAGGCGAAGACGUGGGCGCCGUCCGGGGUGCCAUCGGCGCCGCAGUCCGCGCCUCCGGAGCUGGCGGCACAACACAAGUCGCAACACUCGCAGCACUCGGGUUAUAAGUCGCCGGAGAGCGAGAGCAUCUCGCUGGGCAGCUUCAGCGGCCUCAACGGGCACAAAGACUUGGACUCGGAGAGGGACAGCCCGCUGCCGACGAACGUCCAGGGCACUCCGACCCCCACGCGAAGCGACAAGGCCCUGACCGAGACCGCCGAGGAGACGAAGGAGCAGAGCCUGGACCCGGCGAUAAAGCCAGUGGCCGGGACGAAUCUGAGAUGCCUCGAGGACCCCGUCUUCGAGUUCGACAAGAAGAGAGAAACGGUCCUCCCCCCCGAGGCGGGCGUGGACGCCGGGCAGGGCGCGGCAGGGGCCUCUCCCGGGGGCGUCGGGGGCACCACCGCCGGCGGCUACCACGUCCUGGAGGCGCCCUCGGUGGGGCCCGGGUCCGGGCCCCGGUCCGCCGCGAGCGACGUCCUCGAGAAGGCUCGCAAUCGCUUCGACAAGUUCUGGGGCAAGGGGGGCAGCGAGAAUUAGGUAGGAUAGGCUAAACCCGUCUAACCCGUCGAGGUUAAGUUCACUUGCGUGUUAUCCGAGCUGCUUGUCCCGGUAAAGUGUGACGCCUAGUCGCGUUUCGAAUCGCUGCGUCGCUGAAACGGCUUAGUAGAAAUCCGAAAGAUCCGACCGAACGCGGUGAUCGAUACUAGCCACGCGGAGGUUCGACGAUAACCGUUCUUUUGGAGUAAACGGAAGAUCAGGGCUGACGACGGGGACCGACUGGGUCCGCGGAUCCAACGGAAAGGCGAGCGGGGAUUGGCGUCCGGUCGGGGCUCCCCGGCUCCCCCGGACGCCGUCUUGCCGCGCGGCGAGACCGGUGCACUACCGAUUGUCCCAUUAAUUAAAUAAUCGAUUGUUAUACAUCAAUUUCUUAGGAUAUUCAAAUGAUCGGUCCGCGAGGAUCGUCGAGAGGCCCCGCCGGGGUUUUCCGACGACGAUCGAGACGAGGGUGGCCCGCCGUUGCGUCCGCGUUUCGCGGACGGUGGAUUCCCGUGUAACGAGGUGGACGAACUCGCGUUACGGAAUUUUUCUCGUAUACCGCGCAUAAUGCGUUUCGUUAUUCGUCGCGUUGGAGGAAUUCGCGUUAUUCGGGAGUCCCCCGUGUACGUCCAUCGCGGGACGCGGCUGGCUUCACUUCGGAACGCCCUCUCGUCGACGCUCCUUAGGGGCACCGCGAGCCGGGACGCGUAAAUUAUUCGUAGCAGGCCGUAGUCUUUUUCAUACGAGUUUCCGACCUCGAGCCGAACUUUCCUUCGGCCAAUCGGAAUUUUACCGAAGCUAGGGCGAGGCUCCUCGAGCCCCUCGCGAAGAUCGCGCGUCGGUCGAGGCGACCUCGCUUCGACGCCGACUCUCGAGGCGCGAAAAUUCGAGACGAUCGCGACGUACCGACGACGAGGCAUCGGGACGCCAAAGAACGACCGCGCUCUUCCUGCCGACGCUGGACUUUGCGUUCCGCCUGGUUUAAUUGCGUUCGCCGUUCCGUUGCGUAACUUCAUCCGACGCAACCAUCCGACUUCGAUGCGACGAGAAAGUAGUCUUCUCCUAGAGCGAGAAUCAUUUCCAGAAUAAAUUGCACGCCGCGUCGACGCUGCUUCGCGCUCGUUAGGAGUUCGCGACUCUCGGUAGAGGUGCUCGACUCGAACGACUCGGAUAGGAGAGAUCUCGUUUCCAUUUGUCCACGCAGAAUCGAAUUGGACCUCCUUGCCCUCGUUGUCGAACACCUGUAAACAGUGCUGGACACCGUUGAACGAAAGUUCCAAGAGAGUCGCGGCUCAGAGUUUUCGAACGCUUCUCCUCCGUGUAAACGCUUAAUUUAACGCCGCGAGGAAUCGGAGACAGUCCGUUUUCGCGGACGCCGACCGAUCGACGACGUACGUUAAUCCUCGGAUAAUCCAGAUUCUUAAAAUCACUGGACUAAGAGUUCAUCGGUUCUACCAAAUAUCGAUGCGCUUCAUGUAGAAAGAGAUACAGGCGAAGGAUUCAAUUCUAUCAAGAAAUAUCCAAUUCGGACCGUUCGUUAAAUUUAUUUAUUCUGGUCGGUGAAGGCGUCGGACUGUCUCGAUCUCUCGCAAGUCUUUCGGGGCAACGUUACAUGGGAAAAAAAGGGGCUUUUCACCCUCAAACGCGAAUGACGCGUACACGCUCCAUCCAGCUCCACGUCCAACGUCCAAAAUCAGCCGAUCGUAGGGAAAGCUUAGACUGAAAUUCGGCGAGAGUCGAUAUGCCGAGAACGCGAGACGAUUCGGCUAAGAAAUUGCCACCAGAGGCCAGUCGUUUUCAACCGUUCGCCGAACGCACGUCAAAGCACCGACUCGUAUUGGGAAAGAUGAGUGGCAACGACCCGACCUUUCUUCGUUUUUAUAAAACUUACACCCUUACCUCUCUCUCUUCGAAUUAUGCCGCGCUCACAUCGCUCGGGCCGACCGAUUAAUUUUUUUUCUUAACGCCCUGAAAUUAUGGCCACGGUGAGAACUAGAAAAUAAAAUCCAGCAGAGUAUCGAGCUCUUCGGUAACGGAAGAGUACGAUAAAUCUUGGAAUCCAGCUAUACGAUUUUCCUAUUAUUCAAAUCUGAGGAAAUUAAGCGGCUCGUACAGUACGAAGAAAUUGAUCGACGUUGCAGAUUUUUUUAUCUUGCAAUGUAGAAACGUUGCAAUUACUUUGCCUCGACGUUGCGAGGUCUCGCAAAAUGAGGCUGUAGUAGGGUGGGGCGUUUGAUAUAUAUAUUUCUACGAUACACGUGUAGCAAUAUUUCUACUAUAUAUUUAUAUAUAUACAUAAUUUUUUAAGUAUUAUUGAUACGCGGUUGGGGAAAUAAGUCGACCGGAUCACUCAUCGAGACGCGAUCGGCCAUCCGUUUACGCGCAACAAAAUUCUUUGAGAUAGCACGAUUAAAGAUUCUAUUAAGAGUUACCCCACGACUUAUCUCAUAGAGGUCGAUAUUUUUUACGAGGCAACGUUAGAGUUCAACUUCCCGGCGACGUUUCGAAAAUAUUUUAGAUAUCUUUCGCGGUGCAAGAUCGAUAUACCUUGGAACUACUGCUUGCAUAAUGCGAGAUUAUAUUUGCAACGUAUCACGUGUACUGUACGGGGCGCUAUAAGUCAUAUUUCGUUCACCCGCGAGUGAACUGGGAGUUACUUAAAAUCGCUAAUACUUUCCAACGGGCAUUUUUAUUUAAUAUCGUGCGUCAAUAACCGUUCGACCCGAAUGGUGUGACGCGGAAACCUCGAACUCGACUCGUCUGUCCGCGUACACGAUUUUUGGAGGCAUCUCGCAAGCUUACACUGCCCGUCCGAAUUUAGAAAAGCUGACGCGUCCUGUGAUUUCCAGCAAAAUAUUUACUAAGUAAGUUGAACGUUAAAACCACCCAACAUACCGGACCACUGAAACCCCAGGGAGGCAGCGGUGAGAUAGUCAAGGGACAUUUUCAUAAAAGAUAAACGGAAAAAAGAUCCCCUUAGGUUACGCACACUCGCGCCGUCUCUUCUUAUCCGGCUAGGGACGAGUUAAAUUCCCUCUUCGACCCGAGGGAUCGAAGCUCAUGCCAAAGCUUGUAGAUCGUAAGUCGGAUCGUCGUUAAAGGCCGCAGCACGGAGAAAAGGGAACGAAGAAUGAUUCCCGGCAACGUUCUUUAAUUCGCGUUACUUCGCUCUUUAAAAAAAGAGUAGACGAUCGGUUCUUUCAACGUUUCCCCUCUUCGUGCCUCGGUUUUUACGAUGUCGAAGAAAGGUCGAUGCUUCGCUCCGUUACCGUGAAGGUUAAUCUAAAUUUAAGAAGAAAAGCGACGCAUCAUGCUGGACUAGUACCACGCGCCAUCUUUACGGCGAAGCCGAUCGGAUGUUAAUUUGAUGUUAAAAAAAAAACGGUCGACGCAUCACGACGAAGGGAUAUUCGUUAGCAAUCGUCUCCUAAAUGCGCUGGCUGUGUUGUGCUUACGGACCCGCUUUAGCGAAUCGACACGUCUACGGAAACUUCUAAGUCUCUCGAAAUUCCACCAUUCGCGACAGGGUUUGCUCGGAAGGCAGCUUAAUUCGUCGGUCGAGCGAUCGAGUUCUAAGUUCGAUUGAUUUGGCAGGACUGCUUUGCAUCGGUGCCACUUUCGAAUGACGCGACCGAGCUCUGUGUCCAUAUACGAAUUGAAAUAGCGAGUCAUAGAUACGAGGGUACGUGAAUGAAUUUCCUAGGAUUAAUCGAGUACGUGGAUUAGCAUACACCGAUGCAACAAAGUCAGGUCGAAUUCGUUAUUAAGUCACGCCCUGGUCAGGCAGUCACGGGCAACAUGCCAGAUAAAUAAUUUAAGUCCAAUGGUAACGUCAAACCUCGUUCGCAGCACAGCUACGGUUUUUUUAGGAACAUCCCCGAUCCUGGGUUAAACCAAAGUCCUCAACGAGAAGUAUCGACAAUCGUUAGCCGAAUCACGAAUGAUCAUUUAAGAGCGCUCGAAUGUCCGCACCCCUGAAAACUGUUAAAAGUUUGCCUCCUUUUCCCGAAAGAAAAAGAAAGAUGGCGGGAGGUUAUUCGCUAGCGGCUGUCGAGCCUUCCAAGGAAACGCGACGUCCGAUUGUCCGACCUCGAUGAAACGUGAAGUAAUAAAAUUCCGAUCGCACUCGAAUUGACUGAUUUUCAAAAAGCGGCUAGGUCGCUUGCGUUAGUUGCGGUUAUUACGAGGGGACAAAGAGAGAGGGGGGGGAGGGGGGCUAUAUAUUUUUAGUAGAGUGCCCGGGUAACGGAGAAUACUUAGGUGAUGUCCAGGUUCAAAAUAGGACGAAUUAUUCAAAAUCGAAAUGUCGACUAAGAACCGUGAACGGCAGAAACCGACGCUAGGCGCCGAGAAGAGUGUCGGUCCUCGUUGGAAUCAUCGCGGAAAGCAAAUGCGUUGCCGCGAGAGGGGGAGGAAAAUAAAAAGAAGUUUCAACGAAGGCGGUCAUUUUUCUCGCAAGCUCUCGCGCGGUGAGACAAUCCACGCGGGCCGAAGGACGAUUUCCGAGGCAAAGAUUUCGAGUCAGGUACGACAGGUCGAGAGGUUAAAAUUUUUUGGAAAUUUCUAUUCGAUAGCUUGCCACCCAUUGAGAGCGUUCUCCGAGUUUUCGCUGAAUCUGCCGCGCCAGAGGGCUCGGCCAAUCAGAUCGCUCGGCGUAAUCGGCCGAGGAGAAUUCAGCAAAUAAUCGUCCCCGUUUGAAUCCGCCACUCGAGACGGAGGCUGCCCGGGAUUUCGUUUGCGUUCCCGCCUUAGUCUCUACGCCUACUAUAAAUAGAUAGACCAUAUUAUAUUAUGAUAUGACAAUUAUAUACAAAAUAUAUAUAUAUAUAUUAUAUAUAAUAUAUUACCAAUGAAUUCGGGUGGGACUGGAGGGUUGGGGGGAUUAUGCAAGGUAGGAGCCAGGGGGAGAGAACAACUGUUUUGUCAAAAUACGAGAAAAGUAGAGAACGGCAUGUCGGGCCGGCGUCAUUUUGCCGAACGCGGGACGUUUUCUCUUCCUGGAGAGUGAAAAUUCUUCGCUUCGCGCCGGAUAGAAUUUUUUGUUUUUUUUUUUUUUUAACUACCAGCAGUAUCCGAAAGUAAGUCGAACGACCCUUGCUCGAUAGUUCAUCUUCGGGCGGGAUCGAAGUAAAGCGUAAGAAUGACGCCGGUCCGCAAGGGGAGCGGCGGAUUCCGAAUUCCUGUCAGGAAACAACGAAUUCCGAAUUCGUCGCGAGGGAUCCGCGACGCGGAUCGCAGGGUACAACGAACGCGAGACGAUGUACUGUAGUACCGUUAAGUUAACGAAUAUAUAAGUGAAGUUCCUUCUUUGCGAGCGAGCGUGUAUAUGUGCGUGUGUUUGUGUAAUUGACGCGACUCUUGCGUCCCAGAGAAUCGUCUCUGGGAAUAUGUCGAUCGAUCGAUUUCUGGCCAGCCCGCUGUAACGUCGUUUCCCCAGAUUCCAUUUUGCGCAUAAUUCGUUGGACAUUCCACGUUGACUUGAUAUCUCGACCAUCGAGAACCCCGAGGAUACAGUUCGCGACGAAAGAGCAAAUUUGGGCGCGAUUACUGCCAUUGCAUGUACUCGAGCGAAACUCCAUCGGGUUCCGAAGAUGUCCUUUUAAAGACACAUCGACGGUACCUUCGUCUUCGGACAGAAGUCGGGAGAAGCGGUCCAAAUUCGAUAAGGGCUUGAUUUUUAAGAUACGCGAUUUCAGUUUCCUUCGAUAACGAAGCCGAGACUUCGCGGCAUAAAGAGCCAACUUUAUUUCUAGGGCACGAGAGAUCUUUCUCAUAUUUUGCAAAACAGUCUCCGGUGGACGAGAAGCGCUAACGAAUUUGCACGGUCCGCGAGAUUCGCGAGAUUCGCGAGGAGGUCGUACCCCGCGGGAGGUGCGAUAAAAUGUCGAGAGGUGUCUUUCCUUUUUGCCUGCGCCAUGAAUUUAGGGACGGAAGUCCGCGACGUACCGUAUUACCACGAGGACGUACGGAUCGAGGGAUUCGUUAAGAGAUACCGAAUUAAUUGCCUUGAUUUCUGCGUAUCGCCGACGCCACCGAAUCGUUCGACCAGGCCGAGAGAUUCCCGGAGUCCCUCCGGGAGGAGCUAACUUUAAACAUUCCAUUGUAUCGCAAGCGUUAGGGUUUCUUCGGUUCCUCGACUUGUGUUCGCACCUUGGCCGAGAGACGUUCGUCCCACCGACUGAUUUAACCCCUUAUGCCUUCACGUUUAAUUCGACGAAACGGACCCCAAGAGGUCCGUUCCACCCGAAGGAAUCUUUUUCCAUUUCUUUUAACGACGCCAAAUGCGCGUUUAACGUCCUAAAUUAAUAGUAACCGAACUCUGUAACUCCGAUUCCGAAUCGACAAAAUGGCGGUCUUUCCGAUACACGAUAUCUCCAGGGCGGGCUGCACUUCUGGAUUUCUGCCCUGUUGUCGUUAGCGAGAAGUUUUUGAAAAAGAGCCUUCGCGCGUCCGAAAUUUCGAACGAAGGACCAUCGAUUAAGGGGUUAAGUGUAAUCGGCCGACGAUCGUUCUUGAGAUUUAACUUUAUCGUUUACUCUAGGGAGCGAAAGCACCUCGUAGCACCGCGGCGUUAUUACACGUUUCUUCUCGUUUGUACUUGUCCGUUCGCAUUGUGGAAGACGAUCAUUUAUUACACUAUUGAAGAUUAUUAUGGCUAUAUAUAUUAUAUAAAUAUAUAUUAUAUAUUACUAGAAAUUGAAAUACUCGUAAUAAAGACACGCCGACGCUUCCUGUGA